CAGGAACAUCGAGACAGACCUCAGCUGCUGUUUUUAUAAUUGCUGAGGAUAUUCUCUGACAUUGUCAGGGAGCAGAGAGGAUGUCAGAGGAGCUCUUAAACACUCUUGAAGAUCUGGGAGAUGAAGAGUUCAGUAAAUUCAAGUGGUUCCUGCAGCAGGCCGAUAUUCUUCAAGGCCUCCCAACCAUCAAGAAGAGCCGACUGGAGGCAACAAACAGGUGGGAGACAGUGGACCUGAUGGUGCAGACCUACAGACUUUCUGGAGCUGUCAAAGUGACCAGAAAGGUUUUAGAGACAAUCAACAGGAAUGACCUGCUGCAUAUCCUAGGAGCCACAAGUAAGCCAGCAUCGGACCUGAACCCAGUAUGGACCCCGCGGACUGCGAAUGUGAUGGUUCCAGUACCAGAGCCACAUCCCAUCAUGUUUUACCAGCAGAUGCUUCAAUCAAACUUCCAGGACACAUUUAUGUGUGCACAAGAAGGGUGGGCAGAAUAUAAACAACGCCUGGCUGAUAUCUACACAGAGCUGUACAUCACAACUGGGUAUGACAUACAUAUCAACAUACAACAUGAGGUCAGACAGAUUGAGAUAGUAUGGAAACCAGGAGAAUCAGAGAAACCUGUUCAACCCAGAGAUAUAUUCAAACAUCCUUCUGGAGAGUACAGACCCAUCAAAACAGUGCUGACCAAUGGAAUUGCAGGAAUUGGAAAAACUUUCCUUGUUCACAAGUUUGUGUUGGACUGGGCCGAACAAAGAUCCAACCCAGAUGUGCAUCUGAUUUUCCCGUUCACCUUCCGUCAGCUGAAUCCACUGAAGGGAGAAAAGUUCAGUUUGGCAGAGCUCAUUCAUGAAUGUAUCCCAGAAACUGUAGGCAUCACAGAGGAAGCUCUUAAUUACAUCUUUACAGCUGUGGAGUCAUCAGGAAACACCAACUAUGACAAGAGCAAAUUCAAACUUCUGUUUGUGUUUGAUGGACUGGAUGAGAGCCGUCUUCAUCUCGACCUUCAUGCUGACGACAUUCGCACUGCUGAUGUAACAAAGCCAACUAAAACAGAUGUCCUGCUGAGGAAACUCAUCAGUGGAAAACUGCUACGCCCUGCUCGCAUCUGGAUAACCACACGGCCUGCAGCAGCCAGUCAGAUCCCUCGAGAGUUUGUCAGCAGCACAACAGAAGUCAGAGGGUUCACUGACCCACAGAAAGAGGAGUACUUCAGAAAGAGAUUCAAGUGUAAGGAGCAAGCUGACAAACUCAUCUCCCACAUGAAGACAUCACGAAGUCUCUUCAUCAUGUGCCACAUCCCAGUCUUCUGCUGGAUCACUGCUACAGUUCUGGAGGAUGUGCUGAAAACCAGAGAGAGUGAAGAGCUGCCCAAGACCCUCACUGAGAUGUACACAGAGUUCCUGGUGUUUCAUAUUGAUCGGACAAAAGAGAAGUAUGGCCUAGAGAAGAGCAUUCAAUACAUUAAGUCAUUAGCAAAACUGGCUUUUCAUCAGCUAGAAAAGGGCAACCUGAUCUUCUACGAGAAAGAUCUGAGUGAGAGCAACAUUGAUUUCAAUGAAGCCUCAGUGUGCUCAGGAGUGUUCACAGAGAUCUUCAAAGAAGAGCGAGGAAGGAAAGGAAAGGACAAAAUGUUCAGCUUUGUCCAUCUGAGUGUUCAGGAGUUUCUGGCUGCUCUUUAUGUGAGGAUGUCAUUUAUUAACAGCAACAAAAAUGUGAUGCCUUCACCACCAAUGUCACUGAAAAACCUUGGACUGCUUUUCCACAGAACAUCCUCAAAGAAGAUCCACAGGAUCUCCAUUGACAGGGCCUUACAGAGUCCAAAUGGACACCUGGACUUGUUCCUUCGCUUCCUCCUGGGUCUCUCAGUGCAGACCAACCAGGACAAACUGCAGGACCUGCUGAUAAAAACAGACAGCAGCCCAGAGACCAAUCAGGAAACAGUUCAGUACAUCAAGGAGAAAAUCAGUGAGAAUGUGUCUGCAGAGAGAAGCAUCAAUCUGUUCCACUGUCUGAACGAACUGAAGGAUCAUUCUCUUCUGGGAGAGAUCCAACAGUACCUGAGAUCAGGAAGUGUCCUGAAAGAUGAACUGACCCCUGCUCAGUGGUCAGCUCUGGGCUUCAUCUUACUGUCAUCAGAAGAAGAUCUGGAUGAGUUUGAUCUGAAGAAUUAUGCUGCUUCAGAGGAAGCUCUACUGAGGCUGCUUCCAGUCAUCAAAACUUCCAGUAAAGCUUUGUUGAAUGGCUGUAACCUCUCAGAAAGAAGCUGUGAAUCUCUGUCUUCACUUCUCAGCUCUCAGUCUUCUAGCUUGAGAGAUCUGGAUCUGAGUAACAAUGACCUGCGUGAUACGGGAGUACAGAUGCUAGCUGCUGGACUACAGAGUCCACAUUGUAGCCUGGAAACUCUCAGGCUCUCAGGCUGUCUGAUCUCAGAGGAAGGCUGUUCUUCUUUGGCCUCAGCUCUAAAAUCAAACCCCUCCCACCUGAGAGAACUUGACCUGAGCUACAAUCACCCGGGAGCCUUUGCAGUGAAGACGCUUUCUGCCGGACUGCAGGAUCCACACUGGAGACUGAAGACGCUCAAGCUGGAACACGGUGGAGAGCAGAGGCUGAAACCAGGUCUGAGGAAAUAUUUCUGUGAACUCACAGUGGAUCCAAACACAGCAAACAGGCAACUCAAACUGUCCAACAACAACAGGACAGUGACAUGGGCUGAUGAUGAGCAGCCGUAUCCUGAUCACCCAGAGAGGUUUGAUGACUGGAAACAGCUGCUGUGUAGAAAUGAGCUGACUGGUCGCUGUUACUGGGAGGUUGAAUGGAAAGGGUGGGUUUACAUAGCAGUGAGUUACAGAGGAAUCAGAAGAAGAGGAGCCAGCAAAGACUGCUGGUUUGGAUGGAACAAUCAGUCAUGGUGUCUGAGGUGCUCUGACGAUGGCUGCUUUGUCUGGCACAAUAACACAAGAACAGACCUCUGCACCUCCUCCUCCUCAAUCUCUAACAGGGUGGCGGUGUAUGUGGACUGUCCUGCUGGCACUCUGUCCUUCUACAGAGUGUCCUCUGACACUCUGGUCCACCUCCACACCUUCAACACCACAUUCACUGAACCUCUUUAUGCUGGAUUUAGAUUAUUUACAUCUGACUCCUCACUUUCACUGAGCUCACUGUAG